AGCGGAAGCGCAGGUGGAGGACGUGCCGUUCGUGAGCGAGCACGUCGGGCUGCGUGGGCUGGGGGCGUGCCGUUCGUGAGCGAGCACGUCGGGCUGCGUGGGCUGUGGGCGCGCCUCGCCGCGCCGCGCAGUUGCUUGAUACUUGGGGGCGCGCAGGAGCUGGUGUCUAGUCGACGCUCGGGACGAGAGGCUGAGUGGAGCGGGAGCAGGAGCAGGUCCGCCAUGGCAACCGGAGCCGUCCUUGCCCUUGUCGGCCGCUUGCUGCUGCUGCUGGCGGCACAGCCCGCGGGGGCUGCCUAUAUCGAGGCAUUAGCAGCAAAUACUGGAGCUGGAUUUGCAGUAGCAGAGCCACAAAUUGCCAUGUUCUGUGGAAAGCUCAAUAUGCAUAUCAAUAUCCACAAUGGAAAAUGGGAAUCUGAUCCUUCAGGAACCAAAAGCUGCCUAGGAAACAAAGAAGAGAUUCAGCAAUAUUGUCAGGAGGUUUAUCCAGAGCUGCAAAUUACCAAUGUGAUGGAAGCAAAUAAACCGAUCAGCAUUGAGAACUGGUGUAAGAAGGGAAAGAAACAAUGUCGUGGUCACACUCACAUGGCCAUUCCUGUGAAGUGCCUGGUGGGUGAGUUUGUGAGCGACGUGCUCCUCGUUCCUGAAAAAUGCCGUUUCUUCCACAAAGAACGCAUGGAUGAGUGUCGGAGUCACCAGCACUGGCAGACGGUUGCUAAAGCGGCAUGUGUUGCUGAGACGAUGAUUCUGCACACCUAUGGGAUGUUGCUUCCAUGUGGCAUCGACAAGUUCCAUGGCACCGAGUAUGUUUGCUGUCCCCAGAACAAAAUCGAUGAUGUGAGUUCUGAAGAGUCUGAUCUUGAAAAUGUCGAUAAGAUGGAGGAGGAAGAGAUUGUUGAAUCAAGAGAGGAGUCAACUGAAGUGGAAAACCCUCCUGUUGUGGAGGAGAAGGACAAUGAUGAGCUGGAUUAUUACUACGAUGAAGAUGAAUAUACCGAUGACUGGGAGGAGGCAACCAGUGAGGAGAGCUUGUACAAAGAGAGCAUAGUCAAUGAUGUGAAAGUUCCCUCCACUCCUCACCCAACAGAUGAUGUAGAUGUUUAUUUUGAGACACCUGCAGAUGCAAAUGAGCACACACGUUUUGCAAAGGCAAAGCAGCAAUUGGAGGUUCGACAUCGAGAUCGCAUGGAUAAGGUUAGAGAAGAGUGGGAAGAAGCCGAACGACAGGCAAGGAACCUGCCAAAAGCUGAGAGACAGAUGUUGGUUCAGCAUUUCCAGAACAUGGUUGAGGCUGUGGAGGAAGAAGCUGCCACCGAGAAGCUGCAAUUGGUUGAAACUCAUCUUGCUCGUGUUGAAGCCUUGUUAAAUGAUCGGCGACGUGUUGCCUUGGAGAACUAUCUCUCUGCACUGCAGGCAGUUCCACCACGACCCCACCGCAUCCUGCAGGCCCUGAAACGUUACGUGCGUGCAGAGCAGAAGGACCAGCACCAUACCCUACGGCAUUACCAGCAUGUCAUGGCCGUGGAUCCCGAGAAAGCGGCACAAAUGAAAUCCCAGGUGGUGACUCAUCUCCACGUUAUUGAAGAGAGGAUGAACCAGAGCCUUUCUCUUCUUUACAAGAUGCCAUAUGUUGCUGAGGAAAUCCAAGAUAAAAUAGAUAAGCUUCUGCAGGAGCAACACUUUGGUGUGGAUCAUUUCGCUUCCAGCGCUGAAAUCCAGUCGGCUUUUGAAUCAGUUGAGUCACCAUUUGUUGACGGCAAACCCUUUCGGCCUUUUCAAGUUAAGACUAUGCCAUCCAUCACUGAUGUACAAGGUUCUGGGAUGAUGGACCCUGAUGGGCUGGUGCCUGAUGAAAAUGCAGCUGGCAGUGAUGAGAAUGCCAUUAAUGAGAAUGUGGUGAUUGACGAGAGCUUUGAUGUGAAAGAAAUGAUUUUCAAUGCUGAACGAGUGAGUGGAGAAGAAAACAACAUGGACACUGACGACCCCCUGCCAGACAACUUCAGUUUAAGCGGCAGUGCUCUGAUCGGCCUGUUGGUCAUCGCGGUUGCUGUGGCCAUGAUCAUUGUCAUCAGUUUAGUGAUGCUACGCAAGAGGCAGUAUGGUACCAUCAGCCAUGGCAUUGUAGAGGUUGACCCCAUGUUGACCCCAGAAGAACGGCACUUGAACAAGAUGCAAAACCAUGGAUAUGAAAACCCCACCUACAAGUACCUGGAGCAGAUGCAGAACUGAUGCCGGGUGUUAAAGUGAGCCAAACGCAGCAAGCUCAGCCAAUCUUCCAACCACUGAUUCGUAACAUUAGAGGUCUGCAUUUCACACACAAGAUUUUGAGUGUAAAACUCUUCCUACUGUAGAUUGUAAGAUUCCCAUUCUUUUAAAUGGGUUUGAAAUGUACUACGCAAUAUAUAUGAUGUAUAAUCUUAAAAUCUAUUACCUGAUGAGAAUUACAAUGAUAUAGUUGUUUCCUUUUUAAAAUUAUUUUAAAUGUUUUAUUUUGUGUGUCACAAAGAUCUAUAAAUAGAGGCUGUAGAUUUCUACUUAAUGGAGUACCGUAUAUGAAGAGGAUUUUCGUACUGAUUUAUCUCAUGGAACCAAUAGGACUUUCUGCUGUAAACUACGUUUAAAUGGUUAGCACUGUAAUCGGCAGGUGAAACUGGGAGGUGAGGAUUCCAUUUCUCAUUGUGUGUCUAUGUUAGUAAAGUAGUGUGGCGGUCUAGGCAUUUAAUGAGGUUCUGGUAACCUGUGGUUCGUUUCCCCUGCACAUUCCUCUUUUAUCUUGUCAGACUAUGCACAUUUUUCAGUUGUAUCACUGUGUUAGUUUUAAUCUGCAAGGUAACUGAAUGCAAACUCAUCAAUAAACACUACUUCC